UUUCCAUUAUUUUCUCACAAUCAUCGAUUCUUCUCCAUUUCUCAUACAUCACAGCGAAAUCUCAGCUAGAAUCUAGGGUUCGAAAUUUGCAAUGGAUACUUCUCCAAAAUCGAAGAGAGGUGCUGGUGGAAGGAAAGGAGGAGGACCAAGGAAGAAGGCGGUGACAAGAUCCACCAGAGCCGGUCUUCAAUUCCCCGUCGGAAGAAUCGGCCGUUACUUGAAGAAAGGUAGAUACGCUCAGCGUGUUGGCACUGGUGCUCCCGUUUACCUAGCUGCUGUUCUCGAAUAUCUCGCUGCUGAGGUGCUUGAGUUGGCUGGAAAUGCAGCACGUGACAACAAGAAGAAUAGAAUUAUUCCUAGACAUGUUUUGUUAGCUGUGAGGAACGAUGAAGAGCUUGGAAAAUUGCUUGCUGGUGUUACUAUUGCUCAUGGUGGUGUUCUUCCUAAUAUCAACCCGAUACUAUUGCCUAAGAAGAAUGAGAGAGCUGUGAAGGAACCAAAAUCUCCAUCUAAGGCUGUGAAGUCUCCAAAGAAGGCUUAGAUUUAGUUUCUAUUUGUAUAUCUAAGUUUAGGGUUGUAUUUUGUUAUUGAAAUAUUUAAUGUGUUUGAAGCUGUGUAAGUUGGAUCUCGAAUGUUUCUCAUGUAGAAGUUUUAAUUCAUCUAUGAAAACAACUUGUUUUUAUGUUAU